CUUUUAGCGGUGGGAUGAACAGAAUGACAUCUCAUCUGGAAUUUUCGUAAUUGUGUUAGUGGACGAUUUGUUGUCCGUGAUACUCAAUGCAGUCCAACCUACCUUUGCACUCUUCACUGGAAAACAAAUUAGAACAUCUGAAUGUAUGUGGAGACGCUUUCGGAUAUGGUCACAAUUCUAAUUCACAAUACAAACUAAGAGAUAAAAUAGGAUAUCCUCCAGAUACACCUCAAAAAUAUGUCAACGAUAUGCAAAAAGCAAGACACAACACAAGAGCAAUGUUAUGUGAUCCUGAAAGGAGCCAUUUGAGCCCCAAAGCUACUGAAAAUAAUUAUUGCAGAGCAAGUCCUAGCCCUAUGGUUGCGAAUAAACCAAGUACAGUUUUCAGUCCCGUCGGAGGACCUUCAAGUUCAUUUGAAAAAAUUCGUCAAGAUCUUCUCCAUUCGGGUCAUCUAUUUUGUGAUUCUACUUUCCCAGCCGAUGAUUCAAGUCUUUAUUACAGUCAAAGACCACCAUGUCAAAUUGUGUGGAUGCGUCCAAGUGAAAUAGUUGCGGCAAACAGCGGUGGUGGCUCCAUGGGCAUAACUCCAAGAAAGAUUUCAACACCAGAAUUCAUUGGUGAAGGUGGAAUCAAACUUAGCGAAUUGAGACAGGGAGAAUUAGGAGAUUGUUGGGUAGUUGCUGCGCUAGCUGCUAUAGCUAGCCAACCAAGUCUACUUAGUCGUACCAUUCCUACUGGACAGUCUUUUCGAGUAGAAUGGUAUGCUGGUAUAUUUGCUUUUCGAUUCUGGCGUUUUGGGCGUUGGGAAGAAGUUUACAUUGAUGAUCGUCUUCCAGUUAGAUCUGGUGGACAGCCAUUAUUUGUUCAUUCUGGACGUUUAACAGAAUUUUGGCCAACGUUGUUGGAGAAAGCUUAUGCAAAAUUAAAUGGGUCAUAUGAAGCCUUGAAUGUUGGACUUGUUGGUGAUGCAAUGGAUGAUCUGACUGGUGGGUUAACGGAAUCAUACACACUUCCAGGGGCAGAAGAUCAUGGACUUCAACCUCCAUCCGAUUUAGACGAUAUAUUAAUAAAAUCAUUUGAUCGUCGAAGUUUAAUAACAGCUCGUAUAAAGACUAAAGGAGUACCUGGCCCAGGUUUCGUUAUACCGGUAGGAUUUGUACCUGGCCAGGCGUUUGGUUUAACCGAUUGUCGAAAGCUUCGACUGACAGAUGCAUCAGGAAGUCGUUUACUCCGUUUGGUUCGUUUAAGAAAUUUAUGGCCUUCGGUUCGUGUUGACUGGACAGGUGCAUGGUCAGAAGGUUCAACAGAAUGGCUCAGUCUUCCAGCACAAGAUCGUUUAAAAGUUGGCUUAGUGAAGGCUCAAGAAGAGUUUUGGAUGUCCAUUGAAGAUUUUAUUGCCAAUUUCGACUAUCUGGAUAUUUGUCAUUUAACAGAGCCACCUCCAGUAAUUUCUAAAUCUUCCAAUGCUUAUCAUUCCUCACAUAAUUUUCCAUCAGUUCACUUACGUGGCCGAUGGCUUCGAGGUGUCUCUUGUGGAGGUCGACCAUACAUCCGUGCAAGUCACUGGGCGAAUCCUCAGUUUCGACUAGUAAUUAAUUCACCCGAUCCAAAUGAUCCUGAUGGACUCGCUACAACCGUAAUUGCUCUUAUGCAAGCUGAUCGUCGUCGUUUACGUCAUCGUGCUCCUCGACUUGCAUCGAUUGGAUUUGUUUUAUAUCGG